CUUCGUUUUUUCUCACUUCCUUCUUCUCUUUUCAUUUUCCUUCUUCACUGACUGGUAGCUUGCCACUGUCGGACUACCUUUUGCUACAAAUUGGCGGCGCUGUGAUUAUUGCAUAUUUUAUUUUGCCUACUCUGUGAUCCUGCUUCCGUCUCAUCUACUACUUUUCGCCCACCAUGGCGGAGCCGUCACCCAAAGCCAACCUCGAACCAACAACCACACACGACAAUGGCGAAUCGGCGUCCAAGCCCUUUGCAGAAAAUGCUGCGGAGCUUGCUGAUGCCUUUCGCAUCGAGCAUAGCAUGACCUUUAGGGAAUCUCUGAAGCUCUAUCCCAAGGCCAUCUUCUGGUCGGCCUAUGUCUCGAUAGGCGUCAUCAUGCUGGCCUUUGAUCCCCAGCUCAUUGGCAACUUGUACGGAACGCCACAGUUCAAGAAGGAUUUCGGACAUUUGUUCGAUGGAAAAUACAACAUCCCCGCCCAGUGGCAGACGGCUCUCUCCAUGGGUAACCCCGUCGGCCAGACUCUCGGCGCCCUGUUUGCCGCCUACCCAAUGGACUACUUCGGCCGAAAGAUUACAUUUGCUGUGCUUGUUGUCGCCACUGCUGCUGUCGUCUUCUUGCAAUUCUUCGCUGGCUCCAUUGAAGUGCUUCUUGCUGGCGAGCUCCUGGCUGGUCUCGUCCUUGGCCAGUUCGCAGUCAUGGCGCCCGCCUAUGCUUCAGAAGUCUGCCCUACAGCGCUUCGUGGUCACCUCACUUCUUUUGUCAACCUUUGCUUCGUCAUUGGUCAGCUUCUUGCCAACGGUGUCACGGCCGGUACCUCCCAGCGCGACGACCACUGGGCCUACAAGAUUCCCUUUGCGCUGCAAUGGUUCUGGAUUCUCGUCCUGAUCCCCGGAUUGGCCUUCAUCCCCGAAAGCCCCUGGUGGUAUGUCCGUAAGGGCAAGCUUCAAGAGGCCCAGCACUCGCUGAACCGUCUUGCGUCACCUAAAAUCAACACAGCUGGCUCACUCGCCUUCAUCCGCGAGACUGACAGACUCGAGAAGGAAAUGGAGGCCGGUAGCACCUACAAGGACUGCUUCAACAAGGUAAACCGCCGCCGAACCGAAAUCUCCAUUGGUGUAUAUAGCAUUCAGGUCCUCAGCGGCAUCUACUUGAUCAACUUUGGCACUGUAUUCUUCCAGGAGGCUGGCCUUGCCGAUGACCAAGCCUUCAACAUGAGUGUAGGCUUCCUGGCUGUCGGCUUCAUGGGCACCCUCGUAUCAUGGGCGCUCAUGGUUCGCUUCGGUCGUCGCACUCUCUACGUCUGGGGCCUGGCCAUGCUGGCCUUCCUCCAGAUCCUCAUUGGUAUCCUGGAUUGUAUCCCCGGCCGUCCCAAGGGCGCCAUUUGGACCGAGUCGGUGCUGAUGCUUGUCUGGAACUUCUUCUACGACAUUUCCAUUGGCCCAAUUUGCUUCGUCCUUCUUGCAGAGUGUUCUGCCACGCGUGUGCGCUCCAAGACGAUUGCCGCCGCCACAGCCGUCCAGGGCUGCCUUGGCAUCAUCAUGACGGUCGCGAUUCCGUAUCUCAUCAACGCAGAAGAGGCCAACUUGCAGGGCAAGCUUGGUUUCUUUUUCGGCGGCCUGGCUGUUAUAUGCUGGGUCUGGGCAUACUACCGCGUGCCCGAGACACAGGGCCGCACAUAUGAGGAUCUCGAUAUCCUCUUUGAUCGCAAUGUUCCUGCGCGCCAGUUCAAAGACUACCAGAUCGAAGAUUCACACCAGUAGUCGUAAAUAGCUUCGUUUUUCACGUUUUGUCGUCGUCUGACCUUUUUGGACUAUUCUCUAGCGUUGCAGCAUCGCCAUUAUUAUACUACUACAGAAUACUUUUUUUAACGGGCGCCGUGCGCCCUCUGAAUAUACCAUAACCCGUCUGUGUCAGCAUCAUCUACCAAACCUCGCACCCGUUUAUUUAUACGUGUUUGCCGUGUUGCCGAAGCCACAUGGCUAUCCUGUCAUCAUCCGCUGCGCCAGGCACGGAGUCCGGACAAGUCGGCACUGAGUAGCGCAGUCUCCCGUCA